AUGGCCGUGGAAGGAAAUAUGGACCUGGCUGAAGCAGCUACAAAAAUCACAUGGUAUGCAUUGAACUCUGAUGGCAUUCGCUCCGAUCAUGCAUUUGCAUCUGCCACAGUAUACUACGAGGACCCCCGAUUAUGGAAGAAUCAAUGGCGAAAAUCGACACAUUUUGUGACGGACCGAAUUACUGCUCUCUCUUCACUGGCUAUGACAGGUGUUGCCAACAGACUUUCUCGCAAUAUGGUCUACCAAUUGUUUCAGAACGUCGUUGAUUACGCAGACAGGUAUCGGGGCAUGCAAUCUGUGGUUUUACAUGGAUUAGAAGCCUUCGCCGAGAUCGACCUCGUCGAAGAUCGUCAUGGUACAUGGCAUACACCUCCCCAUUGGAUCGACAGUGUCUUUCAGAUGGCCGGCUUUGUCAUGAAUGGAAGCGAUGUGACCAACACUCGCGACUUCUUUUACAUCACACCGGGUUGGGACGCCCUGCGCCUGGCAAAACCCCUCGAGGCGGGCAGGCCGUAUCAGAGCUACGUGCGCAUGUUCCCCUCCGAAGAAGAGCCGAACUUAUUCCUUGGUGACAUUUAUGCCUUACAAGAUGGAGAAAUUGUUGGCAUAUGUGAGGGCAUAAAGUUCAGAAAAAUACCUAGAGUGCUAAUGUCGCAACUGUUUUCCGGUGCACCAAGGAAGUCUCAGCAGUCUCCCACGGUGCCUGAUAAGAAGGGUGUUAUCAGCUUGCGACCAAACGGGCUCACAAACUCAGCCAAGCCCAUCGGUCCGUUGCACAAGUCUGCGAAGAAUCCCGCAGCAGAGACUUCCCAGUUCUCAUCCGCCAAUCUGGUGAUACCAGAGCCAAGACCCGAGAUUCUGCCUGAUCACACCCCAAAAACAGGUUCACCUGAACCUGCAGUGACACCGGAUGAAGGAGUUGGGGCAGUACAGGCACCUGAAGUUGUCACCAGUGUCCUAGCGGUCGUUUCCCGCGAAACCGGGAUCGGUGUCAAAGACUUUACGCCCGAUGCCUCCUUCAAUGAAAUGGGAAUAGACUCUCUGAUGUCCCUGGUGUUGUCGGAAAAGCUGUUGCGCGAGGUCGGUGUUGAAGUCAAGAGUGCAACCUUCCUGGAAUGCCCAACUGUGGGGGAAUUUACAGAGUGGUUGACGCAGUAUCAUUAG